GUUGAUAGUUUCUUUACAAUCUUAGAAUAGUUUAAAAAAAUAAUUUUAUGAAAUAAACAUAUAGGAAUAUUUAUUGGAAAUGAUUUAGUUGUCUGAAUAAGUAAUGGAUCUGCCCAGAGUUUUGAUUGAAAGAAAUUUUGAUCUUUCUGAUUAUGAAGUAUCAGAUGAAAUAUCCGACUCUGAUAGUAAUAAUUCUUGCCCAAUAUUAGAUAAUGAGUUACCCAGUGAAAAAAAUUGUGAAGGUUAUGAUGUUGAGGUUGAUGGUAUUAUACUAACUGAACUUGAAUGUCCACUAUGCAGCCUGGUGCUUAGGAAUCCUGUUCAAUUAGAACAAUGUGGCCAUUGUAUGUGUCGCAAUUGUUUGAAUAAAUGGAAAAUUCAUUCAAGGAGUCACUCAGCAUUUAGAUGUCCAAUAUGUCGUGUUGAUAUCAAGGAAGAAAGGAUUUUUGAAAAUAAAAUGGUGAACAGAAUGGUUUUAAACUUGCGUGUUUUUUGUUCAAAUAAAAAAAAGAAAUGUAAUUGGCUAGGAGAGCUGCGAGAUCUUAAGAGACACAAAGAACGUGAUUGUGAAUAUGAAGAAAUAAGUUGCAUAUAUGAAGGAUGCAUGAAACGCUUUUUGCGUUGCUAUAUGGGGUUACAUGAAGAAAGAUGUGCUUAUCGAGUUACUCCCUGUGAUUACUGCGAAGAAAGAGUCCGUGUUCGGGACGCUAAAAACCAUUUAAGAACUUGUGAGCGAGUUCCAAUUGAUUGCGUUGAGCAUUGUGAUGCUAAAAUUGUUCGAUGUGAGAUGGAUAACCAUUUAGCAAAUGAAUGUCCAUUGCAUACCAUUCAAUGCAGCUUCCACUCAAUUGGUUGUGAUUUUUUAGGUGAACGCAAGUUGAUGAAAAAUCAUAUGGAAGAAAACGUAUGUAAACACCUAGAACUGUCUCUUCAAUCAGGUGAGCAAAUGAGACGGACCCUUCGAACUCAAGCAUCAAUAAUUUCUGAUUUAAAGGAAAACAUGCGUUUGAUCCAGAGAGACAUGUCUUCUUAUAGAAAACGUAUACGUAGCCUCGAGGUCGGUGCCUUUCCACGUAGAAGAUCUGUAAGCCAAUCUUCAGAUGCAUCAUUGGAUCAAUCAUAAUUUUAUUUGAAUUUUAGUUUACUGACUAUAAGACAAGAAACUAAAAGACAAUUUUACAAUUUGAAGUUUUAGUUUUUGAUUGUAAAAGCAAAAUUUUUAUGAAGGUGCCACACCAACAAAUUAUAAUUACAUUCUUUCAAUAUUAGUAAGUGUAAAGGAGAUGCAGUAAGUAUAUACAUUUUGUUUGUAUUAUUUAUGUAUUUAUUUCCAAAUAAAAUAUCUGCCUUAGUAUCAGAACCACUA